AUGUGUGCAAACUGUGUUCCUUGGAGGGAUGAGAUUCUGGCCAACCACAGAUUAGAAGAAGCACCAGUUCACUGGAACAACUGCAUCCCACACCUCUGGCCCUAUGAGAAAUGGGAGGUGGCCAAGGUCUACAUGCCUGGAGGCCAGAGGAUCAAGUGCUCUUUUGAUAAAUUUGACAUUACAGCUCUGCUCAAUUUAAUGGCCAACUGCAACCAUUUUAGAGCAUUUGUUGAGACACAAAAGCUGCUCCAGGUCAAUGAGGUGAGGAACAUAGCAACGCAUGCUCCUGACAUGACUGUAAGCGAAGAGGAUCUGAAGAAGUAUCUGGUGAAGAUCAAAGAUCUGGGACGAGCCCUAGAACCACACGCACCAAGACUAAGGAGACUCUCAACAGAGACUGACAGGUUACGCAAAAUGUUGGACUCACCAGAGCAGGAGUCCGGUGUCCGCUGUUUUGCUGCAUCCUUUGAUGUCAUGUCAGAGUGGGAUGCUGAAAGGUUUUCUCUGACAGAAAGGACAGAGUUCCUAUUGCAGUGCUAUCAGGAGGAACAGUUGGAUGGUCUCAAAGAGGCAGUUCAGGGGACAGUAAAGUAUUUGGAGCACAGCGAAAAGCUGAAGGCGAUUCUGGGGCGAGAGCUGAGCAAACUACAUUGGAUACAGAAGCAACGUGAGCGUCUAGAACAAGACACCAAAUACCAAUGA